CAGCCUCCCGAGUGCUGGGAUUACAGGCGUGUGCCACCACGCCGGGCAAAUCAGUGGACAUUUAAAACUCGUGUUCCGAGAACUCCUGUCCUGAUUGGGUUCUCUGUGGCAGUAUUGAUCCGUAGGGCAAGGAGUAGGCCGUGUGGCCACCCCUACCCUCUGGCCCAGGGGCACCCCCGCUUCCAAGAGGAAGCUGCUGGGCACCGAGCCUGGCCAGGGGGUGCCCUUCUUGGCUCUUCUGUGGCUGAGAAACUUGAACCCUGAGAUCCGGUGGCCCCCGAGUGACAGCUCUGGGCCAGGCUGGUCCUGCUCGUAGGCGCCCUCUGCGGGCCGCUGUGGGGGACAUCAGGAGGGAGGCGGGUGAAAGCAGGUUUUCCUGCAGGGAUGACCUCAAUUAAAAGACAGCCAUAGCAACAGCGAGCCAGGCAGGACACAAGGAAGAGAGGCUGAGCGUGGAGAAAAGCUGGGUGCUCCAGACAGCAAGCGUAGGGGGUCACCGUGGGAGCCAGUGACCCUCGGGCCGGUGCCAGCCUCAAGGCCGUGAGACCUGUGGGACUCAUGUGCGCCCAGGUCGGACGCAGCAGUCUCCCUAACAGCCAGAGGCGGGGAAAGUCCACAUGAUCAUCGGCUGCCAAUGGGCACGGUGGGGCAUGUCCUGUGUCCCUACCGAGAGAUGCCAGCCAGCUGUAAGGAUACCAGGCAGCUCGCACGGGGGAACCGCAGGCUGGCUGCGCCACGGUGGGCCCGGGAAACGUGAACCCGAGUGACAGAAGCCAUCGAUGCGAAAUGUCCGGUGUAGGGAAAGCCAGGGAUGGAAGAAAAGUCUCCCUGGGACAAGGAGCCAUGGGGAACAGCCGGAGCCGCUCGGCGAGGAGCCUGUGCUCCCGGUUUCUCCCGGAGGAGCAGGCCGAGAUCGACAGGUUGUUUGACGCGCUGUCGUCGGCUGCGGACGGCGCGGAGACCCCGCCCCGCUCCUUCUCACUGAAGGCUCUGCAGCAGAGCCAUGUUGGGGAAGCGCUGCCCCCAGAAAUGGUCAGCAGACUCUAUGACAGCAUGUGGUGGGGGGACCCGGCCGGGAGGCCGCCGGGGCCCAGCGGGGCUGUCUCGCGGGAGCAGUUCUCCGUCUGGAUGUGGCGCCUGCUGAGAGGAAGCUCCGAGGAGAAGAGCCCCGUGGUCCUGAGCAUGAUUUCUGCCGCGGAAGGGCCUGUGAAAGCCCGAGAAGUGCAGAAGUUCGCAGAGGACCUGGUGGACUCUGUGGUACACGUGCUGACACACAGGCAGGAGCUGCGCGGCUGGGCUGGGAAGGCCACGGGCGCCCCCGUCAGGACGCAGGCCCUGGCCGCCCAGCUCGUUUCCGAGAUGAAGCUUCCAGGUGGUGAGAGGCCUCAGGGGCCGCAGUGGCUGGACAGCGACUGUGACCGAGCUGUGAUCGAGGACUGGGUCUUCAGGGUCCCCCACGUGGCCCUGUUCCUGCGCGUGGUCAUCCACGGGGGCCUUCUUGUCUUACGAGGGUCCCUUGACCUGGCCACGCUGGUCCCCGAGCGCCAGGUGGAGCCGGGCCGGGAGCUGGAGAGCCUGCUGGACGUGCUCACCGUCAUCUUCCUCAGCUCCCACCUGACCCCCGAGCAGCGGCAGCGCUGGCGCCUGCUCUUCGCCUCCCACCUGCACGGACAGAGCUUCUCGCAGCUGUGCGGCCGUGUCACGCACCGCGGGCCCUGCCUGGCCCUGCUGGAGGACCGCGGCGGCCACGUGUUCGGGGGCUUCUCCUCCUGCUCCUGGGAGGUCAAGCCGCAGUUUCAAGGGCAAAGUGCUUCUCCAAGUUGCAGUGCCCGGGGGGUGCGGAGGGCCCACCCCGCUGUGUCCCGUCUGAGGCUGUCCCUGGCCUCCUGCUGCUCGCCUCGAGGGCUGGGGACAGCAAGUGCUUCCUGUUCUCCAUCACCCCCAGCAUGGCUGUGUACACACCCACGGGCUACAACGACCACUACAUGUACCUCAACCAUGGGCAGCAGACCAUCCCCAAUGGGCUGGGCAUGGGAGGGCAGCAUGGCUACUUCGGGCUAUGGGUGGAUGCCGACUUCGGGAACGGGCACAGCAAGGCCAAGCCCACGUGUACCACGUACAACAGCCCGCAGCUGUCUGCCGAGGAGAACUUCCGGUUUGAGAAGAUGGAGGUGUGGGCAGUCGGAGACCCCUCAGAGUCAGAGCUGGCCCAGGGUAAGAAGAGUGUGCUCGACGCUGACCCCGAGGCGCAGGCUCUGCUGGAGGCUGCCGGGCGGACGCGCCACAGCGAAGGCUUCCGGGAAGCCCCAGACAGCGACAGUGCCGCCGCGUGAGCAGCUGGAUGUGGACGCCCUGGGAUACGUAGAGCACGCAGCCUGCUGGGAGUGGGUGAAGUCCUCGGACCCGCUCUCCUCCCACGUUAUUUUAACGUGAACAUGGAGCCCCACGGACCAUGUCCAGGUUGUCCUGGAUGUACUCUAUCAGAACACAGCCCAUGCCGGGAAAAAUCCCUCCGAUGCCGUACAUUGGUGGGGGGUUUACCACCCAGAAAUUCUGCUUGUCAGUCCAGCUUAGCCUUACAUAUUGUUCAUUUUGUACCAGUGGAAUCCAAAGACACCGAGACGUUUGGAGCUCCGCUGGCAUCAGCGGGUGUUGGGGACACGAGAUCUUGCCGUGAAGGAGGGUGCUGUCUGCAGGGGGUCACUGGACCUCUUCCCAGCCCUCCCCAGUCAGUCCCCGAUGGCCCGUUCUGCCUGGAGGAGGGCAGAGGCUUUGGGUGAGAAUCACACGCUUUGUGGAGAUAGCUCCCAACAGCAUGGAAUUUGUGUUUGUUUAUUUAAAAAAAAAAAACCCCACAAACAUCCCGUUAAUGGAGAAAUAGCUGAAGAGGUUGGGGACAGUGGCCCUGUGUGGCUUGGGUCUUCAGUAGCUGUGGGUCACUAGGGCUCUGUUCCCAGCCUUCUCACCUGUCUCGAAAGGAGUCAACGUGGUGUGGGUUUGGGGUUCCGUCGGCAGAGAAGCAGAGUGACACUUGCAUUGCUCGUACCGGUGUUGGGGACUCUCGGGCCCCGGGUUCAGGAGCUUGCUGGACAGGUGCAUGGGGCGCGUCCCGUGAACCAGUGCUGAGUGCUGUUCGUGCUGCCUGAACUCUAGCCUCUGGGGACCAGCUGCCGAGUCCUAGCCAACUCCUGAGGCACACCCCCUGCCCAGGGUGGCUCCCCAAGGAGAAGCUGGUGACCGGACAGCAGAGACUAAGCAGGAGUGCAGGAGACGCCAGGUCCCACAGUGGUGGUGAUUCAUCCUUGGUGGGCGGAGGCUCCAGGCCAGAAGAACCACGGGAGGCCGAGGCCUUGCCCCGGAGGGUCCCCGCUGAAGCAUCCGUGAGCGCCCUCCGGCCCUGCGCCUCUUCCUCUGGUCUUUUGCUGUAAACCUUGACCUUUGCGGAUCUGAUGAAAAGGCGAUCUUCCAUCGAAUCCUUUGCCCUGAGAAAAGCCAUACUCUAAACCAAUCUGCAUUGUGCAGAUUCUGCAUCUCUGCCAGGAUUCUUAGCAAUCUGCCCCAUGACAGUGCCCUGACUAAAGCAGAAGGCCUUGUAAAUUGGCUACAAAACAGUGUCGUCUCAAUGGGGUGGAUGUGCCUUACCCAGCUGAGGACUCGGUCCUGGUGCGGCCAUUGUGAAAGACCCAGUUUUAGAGUCUGUAGGUGCACCGCGCCCUCUGUUGCCUCCACUACGGUCCAGAGAAUUGGGCUCCUGUGAUCACUUUGUUUAGUCCAUACCUCACUCCUAACAGGUCUGCGGCGCCUGCAUUCGCUGCUGUGUUUCGGGGCUGGGUAUGCCAUGGGACCCUGCACCCCACCUUUAUUUCACUGUGCAUCUGGCCUAACCAGAGUACAGCUCAUAGACGGGGACCCCUGCUUCCCAAGGCAGCGCCCUCCCCCAGGACAGGAGGAUGCCCCGCCAAGCGCUCGGUCACCUGAGGGUGCAGCCCUGUCGUGGCAGGCAAGGGCCAGCCGUGGGGCUCCUCCUGGCACGGGGCUCCGCUGCGCUGCACACCUCCCUGCUGUCACAAACAUCUCAGCGUACAAAGCCGUGUGUGACAUCCUUGGGGUUCCCGAGCCCAGCAGGCCCUGGCGCAGGUCUGAAAAACUGGUGACCACAUUUUAACAGAGGAGUGUGUCCUUUUGGGAAACCGGAGCAAGAAUUCCAGACGUCAGGCCUCAAGGUCUCCCUCUAUGUACAAAGCCCAGAAAGUGAUGGACGAAGUUAAAAAAAUGUCUCCUGUCGCAAA